AUGCAUUUACUGCGUCUGCCGCCUGGGCCUUUGAAAACCUUCAAAUUGAUGGCCUUCAAUACAAGACCGAUUUCAUCUUCUCCAUUUUGCUACUCGAUUUCCAAAGAAGUAGCAAAAACCAAAGAAGCGGCUGUUGAUCCUUUAAACGCCUACACCGCUUUUGGAAACAUCAGAAAGCAGAAGAAAGACGUUUUUCAUUACACUGAUAGGUCGAUAAUGAUUUUUUGUUUUCCAUGGUUUUUGAAAGUUUUAGAGAGAGCGGAAAAGGAUAUUCCGAUUAUUCAUCGUCAAUUUACAACCACAGACCUUAUAUUUGGCCUCCACUCCGGAAACUCUUCAACUGGAACUUUGCUGCCAUUAUUUUCAUCAUGUCUAUUUUGAUGUUGGAUUAUGAAUGGUGAAAUCAUAGUUUACUUCUUUUAAACCUGAUGUAAAAUUCAGGAUUUUGGGCAAAAUCAACGAAUCCUCGAAGAAUUUCAAGCCGAAUGCUUCACAAUUGAAAGAAGCCGAGUCUGAAGGCUCUCUGGUUAGUUUUCUUCAAAAAUUAAGAGUAAAAAGUGGUUUUUAGGCGAGUUCAUCAGAAUCUGAAGCCGAAACCGAGUCGGACAGUGAAAACGAUCUGAAGGAAAUGAAAGAGAAGCCGAAAAAGAAGAAAAUCGGGUUCCGGGAAAGGCGAAUUAUUGAGUAUGAGGAUCGGCUGAGGAUGUAUUCGACUCCUGAUAAAAUAUUCCGCUAUUUCGCGACUUUAAAAGUUCGUUUUGGAACCUUUUUGCGGUUUAAAGGCGCAGAAGGCCUAAAAUAAAUCCCUUUAGAAAGCCCUAUUUAUCUUGAAAUUAUAUGAAGCUCAAAAAAACCUUGUUUGUUUUUUUUAAAGGCGCAGCAACUUUAAAAAAAUAAUCUUUGAAAAAUUAAUUUUGAGCUCUAGAUCUUUAAGAUCCUUUUUUUCAAAGCUUUUAAAAGCAUUUUUUUGGAGAGUUUUUGGUUCAAAUUUAUUAUAUUUUUCCGUACUCAAGUAUGUUUUUUUCAAGGUAAUGGACCCGAAUGACGAUUCCGGCCGUAGUUUCGAAGUUUUCAUGACCCCGGAAGAUUUCCUGCGAUCUUUCACGCCUGGCGUCAUGCAGCCACGGCGAUGGGGCUUGGAUAGCUUCAAAGUUUAUCAGCCUGAGGUCCGGGGAAGUUUCGGAAGGCUUUUGGGAGAAAAAAGAAGGAAUUUUUCCGUUUUUUUGCUGUUAAAAUUGACAGAAUCUUCACUGGUUUCUUAUUUUUUUUUGUUUUUUCAUUUAUUUAUGGAACUUAGUAAUCUUGAUCUUAUGGAAUUUGCUUCAUAUAUUAUUUUUCACCUCCUUUCAUAACUAACUUCAUUUACUCUCACAAUAAUUUGCUUUUUGAUGAGUUCCAUGUUGUUUCCAGUCUUCAUGAAAAAAAAUUUUCCAGCAAAAUGACAGAUUUUCCUCAUAAAAAAGUCUUCAAACAAUGAAAAAAAUCAAAUAUAUUCCUUUCCCAGAAGCACAAAAAAAUCACAAAUUUCUUAUUUUUUUGUUUUUUUCUUCAUUCAUUUAUUGAACUUAGCUUUUUCAAUAACCUAAUUUUUUUAAGAAAUUUGCAUUAUAUCUAUUUUUUUACCUUUUUCCCAUCACUAAAUUCAUUUAUUUUUCACACUAAUUUAGUUUUUUUGAUGGGUUUCAUGUUGUUUCCAGUCUUCACGAAAAAAAUAUUUUUUUCUGAUUCUUUCUUUCCAAAUUUUUUUCAGCAAUAUGACAUAUUUUGCUCCUAAAAAUUCAUCAAACAAUGAAAAAAUAUAUUCCUUUUCAUUUUCCAUUCAAAUUUCCACUUCCAGAAGCACCAAAAGCACAAAUUCUCCGACCCGAAUAGCAUUUUCUACAAGCUUGGCGAAAAUGGCCUGAUCAGCUUCAGCGAUUAUCUCUUUCUCAUGACCCUCCUUUCCAGUUUGUUCAUUUUCUAACACUAACUGGAAAAAAAGACAUUUUCCAGCUUCCUUGGCCGAUUUCGCUCUGGCUUUCCAAAUUUUCGAUGUGAACGGGGAUGGCGCCUUGGAUAAGGAAGAGUUUCAGAAAGUUCAGGUUCAUUUUUCAUGAUAUUUUCCUUCAGAAACUAUGUACUUUUUUUUCCAGCAAUUGAUCAUGUCCCAAACGACCGUCGGCCAACGACAUCGGGACCACGUGACCCCUAAUUCUUCCUUCCGGGUCGUCAAAAAUUCGGCUCUCGAGGAAUAUUUCUUUGGGAAAAACGGCGAUUUGAGGCUGUGCGCCGAUAAAUUCAUCGAGUUUCAUGCGAGUUUUGUAGUUUUUUGCUUGGAAAUGGAUGAAAAUAUUCAAUAUUUACACGCAUGUUUGAGACAGUACUACGGUCAAUAUUUCGUCAUCAGUUUCGGAGCCAAAACUUUUUUUAAAUUUUCUUUCUUUCUUGCAAUUUGUUAAGGACCUAUUUCUCGAGGUUACAAGGUAAGUUACGUCACAAAAAGUACACAAGAUUUCAUUUUAUUAUUGAAAAACCUAGCUUGACUACCGUCCAUCUUAAAGGCGUUUUUAUAAGGCUUUUCUCACCUUUUUACAUAGUCGAGCCCUUUGAAAGUCCUUUAUGGAUCAAACUUCCAUUGAUUGUUCCCUUUUCACUGCCUUUUCCCGUCCUAUCACCGGCCUUUAUUCACCCUUUUUGGGCCCUUUUAAGGAACACGGAAUUUUUUUAAUAGAGAAUAAUCUUUAUGAACCAAAAUGUGCUACAGUAAUAAAAUCGGAAAUCAUCUUUCUUCACCCUUUUUGCACCCUUUUUGAGGCUUUUCAGCCCUCCAAGAAAGAAAGGCUCAAUAAAGGCCGCAAAACGGAACCCUUUUAGCGGCCAUUUUGCACCUGUUUUCAGAUUUUAGCAGUGAAAGUCGAAAAGGGUGGAAAGAGGCUUCAUGGAAAAAUAUCUUAUAGAGUUACAAAGGCUCCUUUUCACUGCCUCUUUCCGUCCUUUCAUCGGCCUUCAUCCACCCUUUUUGGACCCUUUUAAGAAUCACGGAAUUUUUUUAAUUGAGAAUAAUCUUUAUGAACCAAAAUGGGCUACAGUAAUAAAAUCGGAAAUCAUCAAUCGCCGACUCUUUCAGCACCCUUUUUUCACCCGUUUUUGAGGCUAUUUAAGAAAGAAAUGCUCAAUAAUGGCCGCAAAACGGAACCCUUUUAGCGGCUAUAUUGCACCCAUUUUUAGACUUUUGCAGUGAAAGUCGAAAAGGAUGGAAGAGGUUUCAUGGAAAAAUAUCUUAUAGAGUUACAAAGGCUCCUUUUCACUGCCUUUUAACGUCCUUUCAUCGGCCUAUAUUCACCCUUUUUGGACCCUUUUGAGAAACACAAAAUUUUCAAGUUAAGAAUAAUCUUUAUGAACCAAAAUGGGCUACAGUAAUAAAAUCGGAAAUCAUCAAUCGCCGAGUCUUUCAGCACCCUUUUUGCACCCUUUCUUAAGGUUUUUUAGUCCUCCAAGAAAGAAAGGUUCAAUAAUAAACCCUUUUAGCGACCAUUUUGCACUUGUUUUCCGACUUUCCCUUCCAAAAAUGGAUUUAUCAAGAAAGUUGAAAAAAAGUUAUAGGCAAGGUCGGAAGGGUGAAAAAAGGCUCCAUAUAAAAGUUCCUUUUAGGGUGAAAAGGUUCCUUUUUGCUGCCUUUUUGCGCCAUUUCAUCGGCUGUUAUGCACCAUUUUUGCUACCUCUCCUUUUUUUCACCGUUUCUUUAUCCCUGAAAAAAUGGAAAGUUCUAUAAAGGGACUUUCUUUGCUGCCCUUCUGCGGCCUUUUCUGAGCCUCUCCAAUUUUGCAGCCAUUAUCCACCAAGUACCUCCCAAAAAUGGAUUUUAUAGGAUAACACCAUAAAAAAGGAAUGGUCUUUAUUUUGCUGCGACCUAUCAAAAUAAUAAUAAAUAUUGCAGACCCGACUUCAAAGCGACAUUUUUGAAGAUGGAGUUCGAUCGCCGCGACGCCAUGGACGACCAACCGGGCAGGAUUUCCGAGGUGGAAUAAUAAUUUUUCGAUUUUUGUCGUAAAAUUAAGUUUAUGUACAUUUUUCUUCAAUACAGUUUUUUUUUUGUUAAAAACAUUCAUUUUUUCUUCCUUUCAGUGUUAUUUUUCGAAAAAACGUACAUUUUAUCUCAAAAAGUCAGUUAUAUUUCCCGUUUUCAGCCGGGAAAUUUUGUUAAUUUCGAAUUUUUUUUGUAUUUUUAAAGAUUCUUCUGGCCAACUGCUUUGUUAUAUUCAUACAAUUUCGAAAUCUACAGCCCUUCCAGAAAAAAAAAAAUUAUCAUAUUUUCCAGGAAAGCUUCGCCCAGCUACUCCUUCUCCACGCACAGAUCGUUGAUAAGAAACAAAAAUUAAUGCUUCGAAGGGUCAAACGAAAGUUUAAGGGUCAAGAAGCGCCUGGAAUCAGCUUUGAGGAGGUUUUUUUUGAAAAUAAAAUGGAAUUGAAUUUUUUUUUGUGUGACUAGUAAAGUUAUUCAUAGGGAUUCCGCGAAUUUCGAAAUUUUCUCUGACUCUCCAAAAUUCAGUUACCUUUUUUUCUCUGACGGUUAUUUUGUGGCCAGUAAAGUUUUUCUUAAUGUCGUGUUCAUAGUGAUUCCGCGAAUUUCGAAUUUUUCUCUGACUCUCCUAAUUUUAGUUAUCUUUUUCUUUCUCUGACGGUUAUUUUGUCCAGUGAAGUUAUUCCUAAUGCCGUGUUAAUAGUGAUUCCGCGAAUUUCGAAUUUUUCUCUGACUCUCCUAAUUUUAGUUAUCUUUUUCUUUCUCUGACGGUUAUUUUGUCCAGUGAAGUUAUUCCUAAUGCCGUGUUCAUAGUGAUUUCGCGACUUUCGAUUUUUCUCUGACUCUCCUAAUUUUAGUUGUCUUUUUCACUCUCUGACGGUUAUUUUGUCCAGUGAAGUUAUUCCUAAUGCCGUGUUCAUAGUGAUUUCGCGAAUUUCGAACUUUUCUCUGACUCUCCUAAUUUUAGUUAUCUUUUUCUUUCUCUGACGGUUAUUUUGUCCAGUGAAGUUAUUCUUAAUGUCGUGUUCAUAGUGAUUCCGCGACUUUCGAUUUUUCUCUGACUCUCCUAAUUUUAGUUGUCUUUUUCACUCUCUGACGGUUAUUUUGUCCAGUGAAGUUAUUCCUAAUGCCGUGUUCAUAGUGAUUUCGCGAAUUUCGAACUUUUCUCUGACUCUCUAAAAUUUAGCAAUCUUUUUCUUUCUCUGACGGCUUUUUGGAUUUCGCGGGAUUAUUGUGAGCAGAGUAUACAACAGAAAAAGUUGAGCCAUAUUCAAAAAAGAUAAUUUUUCUUUCAGACCAAGGCGUUUUUCGACUUUUUGUAUCAUAUCGAUGACGUCGACGUCGCCUUGCAUUUUCACAAAAUGGCCGGGAUUCCGGUGGAUGCGAAUUUGUUGAAAAGGUGCCUUUUUUCCUCGAGAAAAAAUAGCAGUUUUUUAGAGUGGCGCUGAAAAUCACGGGAGUUUCCCUUUCGGACCAUGUUGUGGACCUCGUCAUCACGCUUUUUGAUGAUAAUAUGGUUUGUUUCAGUUUUGAAAAAAAGCGAAAAAAUCAGAAAAUAAUUAAAAUUUAUUCUGUCCCUUGAAGGAGAAGCUGAUUUUGGGCCUUUUUUUAACUUAUGAAUCGUGACAGAAUUAUAAAAAAAUACCCGUUAAAAACAAUUUUUUUCGUAGAUUUUCCAGAAAAACCAGCCCUAUUCAAUUCAAAUUUUCAUUUCUGACCGGUUGAAUUUUGCCCGUAAAUCACCUGUUUUCACUACGUAUUUACUGUUUCCUAGAAAUUAGGGGUAAUUUGGAAAUCUUGAUUUUUCAGUAACUUCUGAAAAUGCGUAGACAUUUUAUUUUUUCAUUUUUCGUGGAAGAUUUUAUGAUUUUUGAUCUUACUUUUAGUCGUAGUUAAAGCCGAUUCCAGUGAGAGUACCGCCAGAAAAGAUAUAAAAAAAGGGGUUUUGGCCACAAGUUCCUUGUGAGGAAAUCAAUCUUUCUGGGGUUGGGAUGACUGUUAUUUUUAACACUCUUAUGAAGUUUCAAAAAAAAAAGUUGCUCCAGAAACUUCCAGGAAGAUUAGUUUCUUUGCAAAAACGUCGCGUUUUUUUCGUUUUUUUUCGGAUGGUAUACAACGACUUGGAAUUUCACCGAACGACAUUCCGCUGUGCCGCUGCGCGCCUCUCGCGCUUUUAAUUUUUUUUUUCUUUUAUUAAGGUACUCUACUUUCAUGUGCUCCCACAGCAGUAACAAUCAAGUGAAAACGUAAGCUAGAUUCGAAAGACGCUUCGCGAACGCACGCAGCGGAACAGCGGAAUGUCGUUCCGUGAAAUUUCAAGUACACAGACUAGACUGCAUUAUCUUCUAACUUCAACUUUGUUGGAACUGUCCUUUUCCAGGACGGAAGUCUCUCCCACGAGGAGAUGAUUUCGGUGAUGCGUCGACGUACGCGUCGCGGUCUGGAACGGCCGAGGGACACUGGACUGUUCCGAUUGGUCGACGCCGCCGUCGAGUGCAGCAAGAGAGCCUACCACGCCAGUCCCCUGCCUUUUUAUUGA